CCACACACACACAGAGCAGGAAAUGUCUAUGUCUGAAAAAACAUUGUUUUCUCAGACAUAGAGCUUUCCCCAUGCUCGCUGUCGCAUUGUGAAAACGAUACUUUUGCUCGAUGGAGAUAAUGUGGUGUAAAAUAGAGGACAUACACAUCAGUUAAUGCCUUCAUUUCACACACGAGAGCACUCUGCAGCAAAUUCUUCUUGGAAUCAAAAGAUGGAAAACUAUAGCCUGGUCUCCACGACAAACUCAGAGCCACUGCCAGACAACAAAACUACUGAGUACUACCCAGCCCUACUGGCCAUCUACUCUGUGGUUCUGGUCACGGGCACCAUCAGCCUGAGCCUGAUGGUGCACAUCAUGAAGUCCAGCACGACAUCGAUCACUUCCAUCGCUGUACUUAACCUCAUCUUCUCCCACUUCAUCUUCCUUCUCACCGUGCCCUUCAGGAUUUACUAUUACGCGACUCAAGAUUGGAACCUGAGUCAAGGGUGGUGUAAAAUGGUCAGCAGCAUGAUCCACAUCCACAUGUACAUGUCUUUUAUCUUCUAUGUGAUCAUCCUAAUCACACGCCUGAUGACAUUCUACCACAAAGCUGAGCAGGUGUCCCCCUUCCGCAGUAUUCAUGCACUCCUUGUCAGUGCUGUAGUGUGGAUUGUGGUGCUCGUCGUGGUCCCUUGUGUAAUCUACUAUGCCUACGGCAAAAUCACAACUAACAACAACACCAAUUCAACACAGUGCUUCAAUUUUGGCAAUGACAUAGAAUCUGCUGCCAAGGUGCUCAACUACAUCAUAAGCACAGUGAUCAUAGUGGUGGCCUCUGUGCUGACAGCCCUCCAAGCCAAUGUCCUAAGGGUUUUAUACAGCAAGCAUCGCCAAGGAUGCACCUCUCAGCAGGACUUCGGGGCUCAGCUGAAGAGUCUGUGCUUUGCCCUCAUCAUGGUGGUCUGCUUCAUCCCCUACCACAUGUUCCGGCUGUAUUACUUAGAACACAUUAGUGAACUGCAGGAUGCCAAUGAGCUGUUUCUGAGUCUGACCACUUUUAACUGUCUGGACAUGCUCACCUUCUUGGGGAGGAGAACCUGCUACCUGCACGUGAAAAACUGUUGCUAGGAUGUGUGUGAGAGGGGUCAAGAGACUUUGUCAGCUUCAUUUUGAAACUUAAUUUUACUUAACUGUUCUUUCUUGCCUUGGAUUUGGAGUUUCUAAUAAGAAAAUUGCUUAUGUGCAUCUCCCUAAAAGCCGACAAUAGGAUAUAACAUCUAUUCAAAAGCUCAUAAAAACAAGCAUUAAGGUAGAUUAAGGGAAACUUUAAAAUGCACCAUCUCCACUAACUUAACUUGAAAAGAAUGGUGGGGUGGGUGAGACCAAAGCUCCCAGGGUCUGUCAGAUAUACCAGGCUUUGUUUUAUUAAUCCUACUACUGUUGUGUCACCUGCAUUUUUUGUGACUCAUUAAGAUGUUGUUCUUUUUAAAAAUGUAUUGUUUUUUACUGUUGUUUGAUAGAUUUUUUUUGAUUGAAAGAGCAGAG